GGGCCAUGGUGCCAAGCCACUUGUGGGGGAGACUGGAGAAGCCGUUUAUCUUCCUGUGCUGUGCCUCCUUCCUCCUGGGAUUGGCCUUGCUGGGAAUACAGCCGGACUUUGCCCCAGUUUCUUAUUUCUUUCUCGCCUUGGGUGGCUUCUUCCUGUUAGCCUGCCUCCUAGCCUGUUUUCUGGAAUGGGUGGUUGGGCUCCCAUUCCAGCAGCAAUCAAUGCAGUCAGAAAACCCAAGGGCCUCAGGCCAUGGACGGGUCAAUGAAGCCUUUGAGGUGCCAGCCUAUGAAGAGGCUACCGAGGUGUUCAGAUCACAGCACCAUCCCCAAGAGGUGGAUCAACCACCCCCCUACAGCAGUGUUGCACUCCCCCCAGUACCUGAGGAGGGACAGCAUAGCCACCCAGGCGGGCCUGAGAGAGCCAGACUGGAAAGGCGAGUGGGCUCAGAGGGAUCUUUGGCCCAGGAAGCAAGCCCCGGAAGAACUCCAGUCAGCCAUCAGCUUCGGGGACCACGGACCGUGUCCACUGCUCCUGAUCUGCGAAACUUGGAGGCAGGCCCCAACCUGGAGCCUCUUACUCCACCUCCUGCCUAUGAUGUCUGCUUUGGUCAGCCAGAUGAUGAUAAUAGUUUCCUCUGAAGGCAACCGGACAACGCUCCCCUAAACAGCUCUGGCAGGUUUCAUUUUCUCUCCACACCAGAACCACUCAUGCAUUUGACCAUUUCCCAGUGCCUCCUAUGCCCUGUUUCUGCCUGGACAUUAUAAAUGUACUUGGACCCAGAGGGGAAUAAGGCUAUAGAACGCAUUUCCCCGCUGAGAUGUAGGUGGUGUAAUUUUAGUGGUCAAUGUUCAGUGCCAUAAGCCAGUAUUUCCAGAGUGAGAUUGAAGGUGAGGUAGGAGGUGAUCCAGAGA